CAAGCCAUCAAUAGCUCCAAGCAAUGGAGGGACUGUGGACUUACCUGCUCUACCUCUAUGGACUCUUUGUGGAUGCCGUGUUCCCAUGUGAGAAUCCAGUGAAGUUGCAUGCUAAUGAACUGAACCGGGACCAGUAUCUUGGCAGGUGGCUCUUCAUCGCAGCUGCAUCAUCAUCAUCGUCAUCGUUGGAGACAUUUGCCUAUGUUGACAGCACCCUGUUUAGUAUGAAUCAGAGUGAGGGCCCAGAGCGGUUGCAACUACGGGCUGCCAUCCGACUGAAAACAGGCCAAUGCAUUCCCAAAUCGUGGAAUUAUUUGCUUAGGGAAGAAAGUGCUGAUCUGGCUACCGAAGGCCGGCCUCACAUGAGGACAGAAUUGUUCUCCGCCAAGUGUCCCAACACCAUCAUUGUCCAGGAGACAGAUCAGGAUUAUCAAAGGAUCCUUUUCUACUCCCGGAUCCUCCAUCCUGAAGAACACUGCGUUGCUGAUUUCUGGAACAAAGCUUCUUGCCUUGAUAUGAAUGAAUACCUCCUUAUACCCAGAACUCAAGAUGCCUGUGAAUUCCAGGAAACUUGACCUCCAAUUCUUUGAAGACUCCCCGGGGCAAGAUUUCAUGUUGUAUCUCUGGAGCCUGGCGAUACAUCCUGAACCUUUGGGAGGGGAAGAAGCACAGUGAACUGUACACAAAAAAAAUUGUAUUGUCUGAAUGAGACGAUUGAUGAGAUCCCAGACAGAGAAAUAGGAAAAUUUAUGUCUGGUUCCAGCCACUCCCAGCUGGAGUUUUAAAAAAUGAGAAUUAAAAAUGACGACACAAGAAAAUAAA